AUGCUCUUCGUACCCAACCUCUCCUACAAGGACUGCCGCAACUUGGAUGAGAAGGAGAUUGCGCGGGUGAUCGCAGACAAGUUGCUAAAGAAGAAGAAAGGCUCGGGACACGGAGGAGGAGGAGGAGGAGGCUCGCUGGAUCUCGGGGGAGGGGGGGGGGUGGGGAAAAUAGGAGAAAGAGGGUUCCUGAGCCAGACCCCUUACUCCCCACUUAGGACCCUAAUUCAGUUUUUCAACUUAGUCUUCUGUAUCGUUAUCACGUUUUGUUGUCAUCUUAUUCAUUAUUUUUCAGUCAAAAGGGGGUUCUCGUUUGAACUAGGCACCUCCCCCCAUUAUUUUAUGCUAUUUUAUGUUAUAAGCUUAGGCAUAAGUUCCCUACCGUAUUCUGUUUAUGCCCUUCCUAUUUUUUGGGGGAGGGUGGGAACCACACCACAAGGGUUGCAGGGUGCAGGGCACAGGGUUUCGUCGGGUUUUGGGGUGAAUGGGCUCUGCCAGGAUACAUUCAGCACUGAACGUCGCUUGACCACUCCGCCUCUCGCCCUGCACAGCAAUGCGCCCCGCUAG